GUGGCUUGGGGUGAUCCCAUGUGUGGAGGUGACUGCAGUGGCGUCCGUGAGCAGCUUCGAGAUGUUCAGUCCAUCCAGGCCACCGCGUCAGCCUUCGCCGCUCUCCGAGCAGACGGCUCGGUGGUGGUUUGGGGCCAUCCGACCGGCGGUGGGGAUGCCG